AUGAUCAAAGCUAACCAAAACUGCGUCACCAUAUAUCCACGCGUCCUAUUGCGCGCAAUCGAUUACGAUUGUUUCUACGCCUCAGUUUUUGAAGCGGAAAACCCUGCGUUGAAAUCACUUCCCCUAGCUGUCCAGCAGAAGCAGAUUGUGGUCACUUGCAACUAUGAAGCGCGCCGGCGCGGAUUACGCAAGCUGCAGCUGAUUAAGGAGGCGAAGAGAGUUUGCCCCGAUGUGGUUAUUGUGCCGGGUGAAGAUUUGACCAAAUUCCGUGAUGCGUCGAAGGAGAUUUAUUUGUUUUUAAAAGGGUUUGUAGGGGUGGAAAGGGGGUGGGGUGGGAGGGUGGAGAGGCUGGGAUUUGAUGAGGUGUUUCUGGACGUCACUUCUCUGGUAGACUACAAUGUUGAACUUCUCAACUACAACGAUCUAGGUAGUUCUUUUUUCCAUCUUGAUAAGACGGAUCCAACUCUGGGGUUUGCAUAUGAUGCACGUACAGUCUCGGGACCUACGUAUCCUCGCUCCCAGACCUUAGAUAGAACAUCUGGGUCUUGGGCCGCCUCCCAUCGUCAGGAUACGGACGGCUCAGCCCCAUGUGCCACAUCAUAUUCAACCACAGCCGGGGCUUUUCCAUCCAAAACUAAUAAUACCCAUAUCAGUAAUAAUAAUGCACAAAAUAAAAUAUUAUACCAACGGCUAAUUCUCGGCUCACACCUGGCCAGCUACAUCCGACACAAGCUCGAGCAACACAAAAGCUACACAGCGACUGUUGGCAUCUCAACAUCCAAACUCCUAGCAAAACUCGCAGGAAACUUCCACAAGCCGCAGAACCAAACAACACUCCUGCCUCCCUAUUCUGUUGCCAAUAAUGAUAGCAAUAAUUCCAAACCCAACACCGCAGCUACUGACGACGCAUCAGAACCCGGCCAAGAGGCCCAAGGCAGUAACAUCACCCGCUUCCUGGAUGACCAUGACAUCAGCGCAGUACCAGGCAUUGGUUUCAAAAUCGCCGAGAAGCUCCGCGCGCAUGUUCUAGGCCGUAAGCCGUUAGGAUCUGGCAUAUAUGACCAGCUCCCGAGCGAGGAUCGCGUCACAGUAAGGGAUGUUCGCUUAUAUCCGAACAUGGGCCCGCCGCUGCUGGAUGAGAUACUGCUGUCUUCAAACAGUAGUAGUAGCGGCGGCGGCGGCGGAAGUUCGUUGCCCAGAGAUAUCGGACCAAAAAUAUGGGGGUUGAUUAACGGGGUCGACCCUAGUCCUGUGGCGGAGGCUAGGGAUGUUCCCACGCAGAUUAGCAUUGAGGAUUCCUAUGGCCAUGGGCAGCUGGCGGGGCUUGAUGUGGUGAGGAAGGAGCUGCUGGCGUUGGCGAGGAGUCUUGUUCGGAGGAUGCUUGUGGAUUUGACUGAGGAGUAUGAGGAAGAAGAGGGUGAUGUUCAUCUUGACAUCCAAUCCACCGAUUUGCACCGCAAGGGCAAAAGGAAAAUAAAGAAGCGAUGGCUCGCGCAUCCGCGAACCCUUCGGCUUUCUACACAGACCCGUUCCCCGCCGCUCCCCGAUGGAAGGGUCGAUUUCAGCGCAGGGCGGGUUUCCAAGUCAUGUCCCAUGCCGUCAUUUAUUUUCUCUUUGCUUAAACUUAAUGACCACAAACAGGACGCUGGCAAUGGUACUGCUGACAACGUCACUCUAGACACCGUCACUGAGCGCCUUGUCAACGAAACUCUCUUCACACUCUUUCGCAGGUUGCAUCCUGAGAAGGACGUGAGGGGCUUGAAUAUACAUGUUGUGAAUAUUGCUGUGACGAAUAUGGCUAUGGUCGGGGGGGUAGGUGCAGAGAGGGGGAGUGUCGGGAGGGAUAUUGGGAAGAUGUUUAGGAGUCAGGAGAGGGUGUUGAAGGAGUGGAGGGUUGAGGGUCAGGCUGAGGAUGACGGUGGGAAGGGAGGGUGGGUGGCUGAUGCUGGCGUUGAUGUUGGAGUUGGUGCUUCUGCCAUUGAUGACGGUGGUGGUGGCAGUGGAGAUGAAUGGGAUAGCGAUGAAGACGAAGAAGAUAUGUUAGAUGGUGGUGGAGAUGUUCUGGUGGAUGAAUGUGCCAUUUGCGGUGCGCUGAUUCCGCAUUUCGCAAUCAAGGCUCAUGAGGUUUAUCAUACUACCUCUGAUUGA